UAUCAUACUUUGUUUUCAAGUGGCCAAUGGCUAAUACAUUUUACUUUGCUCAUUGAUAUUACUUGAAAUUUGUGGCGGAAGGCCUUCUAUACCAGUGUGUAUAAAGGUUGCUUCGAUAUAAGUCAACGAAGAGGAGAAACGCGUAUUUCUUUUUAACUUUCAAUUUUAAAUCUAGUUAUUGCGUUCUAAAAAAUCAUCAUGAAGGCUCUAACCACUUUUCUUCUAGCAAUUGCAUGCAUCAGCGCAACUGCUGGUGAUUCCUUAAAAUGUAUCAUCAAGCCUGCUGAUGUUCCUAAUGAAUGGAUUGACAUGGUACAUCCUUGCAUUAGAGCUUUGGAAAAUCAGGUUAAAACAGAAAUUGAUGCUGCUAUGACCUACUUAGCGAUGGGGGCUCAUUUCUCUCAAGACACUGUUAAUCGUCCUGGAUUUGCAAAGUUCUUUUUCGCAAGUGCUAGCGAAGAACGAGAACAUGCUAUUAAAGUUAUUGAAUAUUUGUUGAUGCGUGGUCAGCUCAAGAAUGACGUUAGCAAGCUUUUAAAUUUCCCAGUGAAACCUCUAACGGAUGAAACAUUUAGCGGCAUUCAUGCGCUGUCAAAAGCACUUAAACUAGAAGCCGAAGUCACCAAAUCUAUUCGCAGUAUUAUUAAGAACUGUGAAAACGAUAAGUUCAACGAUUACCAUCUCGUGGAUUAUCUAACUGGAGACUUCUUAACUGAACAAUAUAACGGACAACGUCAAUUAGCUGGCAUGGUAUCUACUCUUGGUAAAAUGAUGGACAUGCACGGUCCUCUUGGAGAGUUUCUUUAUGAUAAAAAAAUAUUGAAGGAAGAAUUGUAAAUUUUAUGAUGUUAUUAUAUUUAAAACCUUUAAUAUUUUCUCGAUCAUACGUAAAGUAUAGUAUUAUUAAUAAUUCGUAUUAUAGAAAUAUAUUUGAAGAUUUUUUUCAUUU